UACUACUACUACCUGACUGGAAUCAUCCAUCACCACUGUAACCCCAACAUUAACACACCACGGUAUACUGCAGCAUUAACGUCCCUAACAAACUGUAAGGAGUCCAGUGAUGUUUAUAAAAACUACCACCUUUAUUGCUACUAGCACUAAUACCCCCCCCCACCACCACUAAUAAUAAUAAUGGCCACAACAAGAGUAACACCACAUGUUCAGAUGUAACAUUGCAUGUAUUAACAUUACCACUAGGAACUACAACCUAAACACCAAAUUGCCAUCUGGUGGGGGUCUUCUGUGUGGGCGUCCUUGGGUUGUUAGAAAUAGCAGCCAAGUCUUCCUCAAAUCACACCCAACUGACUUUUGAAAGCACAGACUAGUUUGUAUGGUUGCAGGCUAGAUAUGGAGAGGCGAGAUGGUCAUGGAUGGAACGUCUUUGGUUGUUUGUCUACUCUGAGGGUCGAUCUUAGGAUAAAGAGCCAUCAUUAGCAACUAGAGCACCACUACAACCACUACCACUUACUACUACCCUCACAACACCAAUGCCACCACUACAAAACUACAACAUAAACACUUACACAACAACACUUGAUACUAGCCACCACCACCACCACCACCACAACAACAGUAACAAAUAUCACAACAAUAACAACAACAACACAAGAAGCAGUGCCAGAAAUAGCAGCUAAGUAUCCAUCAAAUGAUUGUUUUUAAAUAUUGGAAGGACACUUUAAAGGAUCUAGUAAGAAGUUAUAGAAAUAACAAGGAAAAGUGUCAUGGUUGGAUUGUCAUAAAUAAUAAGGUCCACUGGAUUGGGCUAAACAACAACAGCAGCAGCAGCAGCAGCAGCAGCAGUGGGAAGCUGCAUGGAUAGCGAAUAAGGGCGAGAGAAGGAGAAAGGGAAGGAGAGGGAGAGAGAAAUCUGUAAUUGAAGCUAAAAGCAGGAUCUGGACUUUCCUUCUCUCACCUUUAACGGAUUAUGGACCAUCUGAGACAGAAGCUGUCAGUGCUGUGAGUGGAGAUUGAACCAUGAAUGUCAUCAAUGGGGUGUCUAUGUGGACACUACAGUCGGCGAUAUUAUUAUUUUCCUGGCUGACCGGCUGCCACAGCAUUGACCUUACCUAUCAUGUGGAGGAGGAGAAAUACUCGGGCACUUACCUCGGGGACAUUGCUGCUGACUCCCACUUAAGAGACAGUUUACCAUUCCAAGAUCACAACUUAGUGACAUUUAACCAAUUGAAGCCACGUCGCAAUGGCAAACACCAGUUGUUCAACGUGACAAAGGCAGGUAAGCUGUACACGGCACAGACAUUAGAUGCCGAGAAACUAUGUACAUAUAAUAUGGAAUGUUUCCGCAUUUUCAAAAUUGCCAUCCACCAAGAUGAAACUUUCAUGAAAAUAUUGAAGGUGAAAGUGGUCAUUGUGGACAUAAAUGACCACAAACCUGAGUUUGCCAAAAAACUGGUCAGCCUUCAGUUUGAUGAAGGCGAUGGAAAGGGCAUGAGGAAAUCCAUUCCUAAUGCUGUAGACAAGGACGUUGGUGUGGUCAAUUCGAAAAUUACUUAUCAGAUAGAACGCAGCUCUGAGAAGGCAUCAUGCCCUUUCACGUUGUCUGUUAGAAAAACUAUAAGUGGCAGGUCAGAACUUGGAAUUGUUUUGGAGAGAAAACUUGACAGAGAAGUGAAAGAUUCCUAUAAUAUUCGCGUGGUGGCCAAAGAUGGAGGUUAUCCACCUAAACAAAGUACUUUAGAUGUGAAAAUAACUGUGACAGAUGUUAAUGACAAUGCACCAGUGUUUAAUAAUGAUAUUUAUAAUAUUUCUAUACAAAAUACAUACCAAAGGAACAAACCAGUCGUUAUUUUGUCAGCAAAAGACUCAGACUUUGGGGAAAAUGGCCAUGUUUCUUAUUAUUUCAGUUCAGAGACUCCAGAGGCUGUCAAAUCUCAUUUUCGACUGAAUCAAGUCACUGGAGAAAUAUUUCUCCAAAAAGACAUUUCUUUAGAACGGAAGCAAGCUUAUAAAUUGUUUGUGCGAGCUACUGAUCAAGGUAGCUCCCCUCUCAGUUCUAUAGCCAUGGUUCUGGUAAAUAUUGUUAACCAACACAACAUGGCUCCAGAAAUAGAUGUCAACUUUGUCACUCAGAUAAAAGAGAAUACAGCAGCCAUUUCUGAAGGAAUCAAAGUUAGCAGUUUCAUAGCUUAUGUCAGUGUUAUUGACAAUGAUGUUGGACAGAAUGGUGAGGUGGAAUGUUCUUUAGAACAUGAAAAAUUUCUUCUCUUAGAUUUAGGUUCAAAUGAAUAUAAGGUAACAUUGAGGAAACCUGUGGACAGAGAGAAACAAGAUAGGUAUGACAUAACAAUUUCUUGCGAAGACAAAGGAUCCCCUCCUUUACAGACUCAGAGACAGUUCUCCAUUGAAGUAAUGGAUGUCAACGAUGUACAGCCACAAUUUACAAAAGAAUCGUUUAAAUUUCUGACUUAUGAAAAUGGGAAAACAAACUUCCCCAUUGGUUUUAUAAAUGCUACUGACCCCGAUAUGGGAGCUGGAGGUCAACUGACUUUUUCUCUGUUGAGUACCAGUAAACAUGUGAUACCAUUCCAGAUAACUGAUUAUGGUUUUAUCUCAACCACUAUACCACUGGAUAGAGAACAACAAAAUGUUUAUAAGUUCCAAGUAUUUGUCAAAGACAACGGGAAUCCUUCAUUAAAUAACACAGCCAAUGUGAUUGUAGAAGUUUUAGAUGAGAAUGAUAAUGCCCCUUAUUUCACCUUCCCUAGUUCGGACCCUUUCAGUUUAAAUGUCCACUAUCAUCCCCAAAGUAAAAAAGAGAUCACUAUUUUAAGGGCUUCAGACAGGGACAGUCAUUUAAAUGCAUUCCUUAAAUAUGACAUAGUAAAAGGCAACAACAAACAGUUAUUUGCAAUAAACCCCUAUUCUGGGGCACUGUCUUUUGCUCGGACAGUUUACCAAAAUGAUGCUGGUACCUAUGACUUGAAAUUCGUUGUGAAAGACAGUGGGACCCCUGUUCUCUCAGUGACAACCAUGGUGUCUUUAACACUGACCGUUAGCAACAAGACAUCUCCAGCACUGAACAAUGUUCCAUUACAGACUGACCACAUGAUUAACUUGACCUGGGUCAUUGUUAUUGUAACGGCCGCUGUAAUAGCCUCAGUGGCCAUUGUAGUAUCAAUAACCCUGUGUAUUGUCAGAUGUAACAAUGGUCGUAGCCACUUGGAACCAACUGAAAUUAGUACCACCAUCCCAGCCAAUAGAGAAAAAAGUCAUUUCAUAUCUCUGACAAAAAAACCUGUCCCAGCAUCAAGACAUUCCGAAAUGAAGAACAGAAACACUCAAUUUAUGGAAUCAAGUCGGGAAUUUUAUCCUCAGUAUGAGUCCCAAAGUGAGUGGACCACUUCAACGUCUGAAAGGAGGCCUGCAUCUGUGCUGUUGAGAGCAGCUGAGCCCUUGAUGUUUCCCCUCCACCCACACCUGCAGCGAUGUGAAACUAGUAGUAAAACACGUGACAUUAUUACCCACCCGAACACCCAAAAAAUAAGUUUGAUUCCUUCAAAGUACACGACCAGCAACUUGUGACCAAACCACUGCAGAUGAGGACAAGAAGAGUCAACAACAACAACAACAACCAACAACCAACAAAUAAACAAACAGCAAACAAACAACUGCUGCUGCUGCUACUGUGAACACUGAUAGGACAGAAGAGCACAAUACAUUCCACCCUCCCCCAGCCCCUCUUCCCCUUUUCCAUCCCCACCCCCAGUCCCUCCAGCCCUUCCAUACCCACCUUGCACCAACUAAUAACAUGGAAUUCUUAUAAGAGACAAAACAAUUAUGUAAUGAUGAUGAUAAUAAUAAUAAUAAUAAUAUAAUAAUAAUAAUAAUAAUAAUGAUGAUGAUGAUGAUAAUGUUGGGUGAUGAGUAUGUCCUUCUCCCACCCCAUUCCCUUACAGCUGUGAAUGAGUAGGGAAGGGGACACUGGCUGCUUUAUCUAUACCACCCCCACACCCCACCACCACCUUUGCCAUGCACUGUUGAAGUGAGAUGCUUACAUCCAGGAUAGAGCAACUCACAACCUCAAGUUCACUCAUGCAUCAAACAUGUAGACAAUGAUGAUGAUAGUGAUAAUGAUGGUGGUGGUGAUGAGGAUGUUGGUCAGAGCAACAUUAUUAUUAAAUGUUUUUUUUCUCUCAGCUAAAAUGCUGCUGCUAAGCAUAAUAAUAAUAAUAAUAAUAAUAAUAAUAAUAAUAAUAAUAAUAAUAAAGAACUUUGGGGUAAUUACAUCAAUAUCAUUAUCAACACCAUGAACACCAAGCCAAUGAGGACAGCUCUAGGUGGUUGUUUGUGCCAAUAGAAAUAACAGCCAGGUCUUCCUCAAAUGAAACUUCACACAUUCUAGAAAAAGAAGGACACAUUAGAUGAUGUAGUCCUAGAUCCUCCCUCACCAAAACAAGAGAUAUAAAUAAAUAGAAUAUGGGAUGGUCAUGCUUGGAAUGCUUUUCACCAUGGGUCAGUUUCUGAUGUUGGAGCUGACCUGGGACUAAAUAGAAAGAUUAACAAUAGCAACAAUUCUUUUUAAUUUUCAAUAAUAAUAAUAAUACCCAGGGGCACUAUGCAAUACCUGCAACUGGAUAUGAACCUGUGCCUCCAGAAGUGAAAAACAUUAGUAACAUAAAACAAAAAAAAUGAUUUCAGCCUGGCAUGAAGUUCACAACACACCACCUGUAGUGGUUAGAAGAUGUCAUGAACUUUGGUUAUGUUUCUCACUAACAGCCAACAGCUAGAAAUGGCAGCCAAAUCUCUUGACUCACAUUCUAAUAUCUUACACAUUAAAUAUGCAACAUCUGGAAAAAAAUGAAACAGAGAUGGAAUGUCUUUGAUCAUAAGUCUGCUAUGGGAAAUUUGACCAAAAAUUAAACAACAACAACAACAAUUUUAUGUAAUGUUGUUCUAGAUAUACUAUAUCUGAAUAAAUGAGUUGGUCAUGGCUAGAAUGCCUGUGAUUACUGGACUACUUAAUCAGACUUGACCUGGGGUGAAACAGCAACAAAAACAAAUGACAAUAAUAAUAAAAAUAAUAAGUUUUUUUUUCUAAUAUAGGCACAAUGCCACACCUUUAGAUGUAGUGGAAGUCUAUGUUGACCCCAAAAUAUAUCUGGUACAUAUUUUGUUAACCACAAUAAGGACAGAAUGUAAAGCCAACCGCAGUGGAAUUAAUUACAGUUUAACGACAAGAGAUGGCCAUGGAUGGAAUAUACUAACAACAAUGAGAGACAGAAAGAUAUAAAAAAAAAAAGGAGAAAGAAAAAUAUUGCAAAGGA